AGCUCCCCGGUGGUUUUGAUUUUUUUGAUGUUGUGAUUUAUAUCAUUUUAUUUAUUUUAACGUUAAAUUCAUUGAAUCUGGUUAUAUAAACCUCUCCCUGCUACAACCUCUGCAGUAGAGCUGCAUGAAUCCUUGCGUGUCUGUGCUGUUGGUCCUGAUACAUCUGCUGGGACAUCGGAGGGUGCACACUGUAUGCAUCUUCUGUUGUCUUGUACUAACCAUGUUAUUAUUGUUGUUUGUUCUCUGUGUGACCUUCUGCAUCUCUGAGAUCCAGGACCCUGCAGCUCAAUGUCAUCUUACAAUAAAGAAUUAUACAUUUGACUACAAAUAUUCUCAGGAAGGAGAUAUCAUCAUCGGAGGGAUCUUCACUGUACAUUCCUGGGUGAAAAGGUGGAAGCAGAAAGGGAGAACUUUAUAUAACCGGAUGUGUAUAGGUGCUCACCCCAGAGAAUAUACACAUCUGAGGGCUUUUCUCUUUGCUAUAGAAGAAAUUAACAAUAGUUCAGAUAUCCUUCCCAAUGUCACCCUGGGAUAUCACAUAUAUGACUCUUGUGGACAUGAGAAUAAAGUUAUAAAAGAUGUUCUGCAGAUACUGUCUGGACACACAGUGACAGCUCCAAACUAUUCCUGUAUGGAGAAUGAUGCAGUGGUCGGUUUUAUUGGGGAUUUACAUUCUGGUACUUCUCUCCCUAUGGCCCAACUGUUAAGUUUAUACGGAUAUACACAGAUCAGUUAUGGGGCCAGAGAACCUCUUCUUAGCAAUAAAAGACUUUACCCAAACUUUUUUCGAACUGUACCUGAUGAAAAGAUACAAUAUGCAGCCUAUGUGAAGCUAUUGGAGAGAUUCCAGUGGAAUUGGGUUGGGAUCAUCACAUCAGAUGAUGACAGUGGACGGCGAGAGUUACAGGAGUUGGUCAAACUAUUUACAUCUCAUCAGAUUUGUAUAGAAUUUACUUUUCUUGUAUCUGAAAAUAAUUUGGAUCAUGUCCCUCCAGCUUUGAAGGCUUCAUCUACUGAUGUUAUUAUUAUCUGUGGCUCCUAUAGUCUGACUUACAUCAAGUUUUUAUACAAUGUAGCUCCUCUUCUAAAGAACAAGAACAAGACUCUUAUACUUCCAAGUUCAUGGUCACUGGCGACAGACCUUAUUAUUUACAGAGAAAAUGGAAGUCCUGGUAAUUGUAGUUUAGUGUUUUCAAUUCCCAUAAACAAUAUAACUAAAAAAGAGUUUUUGAAUAUUGUUCAGUUAUGCAACCAACCUUCUGAUCCAUUGUUGGAAGAUCUUUGGAUGACUUUAUUCCAUUGCUAUACAGGAAAUAAAUUAAAGGAUUUUCUCAUGCCAUUGGCAGAUCAAAAUCCAUAUUGUCAUUGUUCUGAGGAGAUGAAACUCAAUAAACUGUUUAAUUUUUCUGGAGAUGCAACUCCUUACCAAGUGUAUAUUGCUGUCUAUAUUAUGGCUCAGGCUUUGCACAAACUGAACAUUUUUCUUAAUUACAAUAAAAAAACAAAUGCUUCAAUAAUUUAUGACUAUAAAAGAUGGGUGAGUAUUGUUAAUUCUGGAUAUUUCAUCAUUUUUAUUUAAGUGGAAGGAGAAGAAUACAAAAAUAUAAGACACAAAUGUAAAAUACAUGAAUAAAUGUGACAUUUUGCCUUGUAGAAACACAUACUAUAGUGCUGGGGUCCUGGAUAAAUAGAAAAAAGAAAUAUAUGCUUCCCUACCCCACUGGUCCCACCACAGAUGUAGUGCUCCUUUUUCUGAUCCCCCAUUACUUUUCUUUUCAACCUGCCUCCAAGAUAAGGGCUUGAAGCAAGACCUUCCCACUCAGCCAAUCACUGACUGAGAUAGGACACCACUGAUGCCAGUGAUUAGCUGAGGUACUGGAAGGUGCUGGAAGUACUCAGAAGCCUGUUGAAGAGAAGAGCAGGGGCCAAGUUGUGAGUUUCCAACCAGCUGGCAGAGCUAGCCAGGACGGAGGAUUUAAUUCUUUAGAUGCCGCGAUCAGCAUGAUCACAGCAUCUAAAUGGUUAAGGACAGGAUCAUUAGUGGCAUUAGUGGCCCUGAUGUGGUAAGCUCAGGGUAGCAAGGGUUUACUUGUACUUUGACGUCCGCUACAGGUUAAGGUCAAGUGGAGUUACUGAUAAUGGAGCUAUUUUAGGUGAUAGUGUGGUUUGUGAUCUUUAGUCAUAAAAUAAGA